ACAGGUUGCUGUUGAAGUUUGGUGUAAAUGACACGUCAGCGGACUGCAAAACAACUACAAAACACCACACUUGAUUUUAUACGACAGUGUCAUAAAGCUGCAUUUUAAAACAUGUUCUCACUGGAGAACAGACGCGCGGAUGUAAAAAAGCAUCUAGAGGCGUGACGGCGCUGUAGCAUCAUGCACGCGAGUUACAUUCAGUCCGAACCAGUCGAACCGACACCAGGAAAUAUGAUCUGCCCACGAACGCUGCAUAAUUGUGCCUAAAGAGGUUACAGGAACGGUUCGUGUUUUCCUCAUACUGAGCAGCAGACAUCGGGACAUGUCGUCCCCGUCGCCGGUGCAGAUCAGAGAAGCGAACGCGCAUCUGGCUGCGCUGUACGGGCGCGUCACCAACCUGGAGCAGAAGCUGGAGGACGCGGAGAAAACCGUGCGGGAGCAGGCGGAGAGUCUCAUCCGCAAAGAUGAACAACUCCGAGCUGCCACGCAAGAAAUAACGGAGACGAAAGACAGAGAGAUUUCCUUCCUCCACGAGAAGCUUUGUCACUCAGAGGAAUCCAUCCAUAAACUUAACCAAACUAUUAAGGAAAAAGAUUCCCUAAUUGGACAAUUACAACAUCGAUGCCAACUGCUGGACAACAUCUGCAAAAGCCGUCCAUUACUGGACAGCAUGCUGGCCCAGAUAGCCGAGGCUGAGAGAAUGGGCCCGGUUAGUGACUUGGGGAAGCCCACAACAAACAACUCGCUCACUGAUGGAGAGUCAAACUGCAGCCCCAGCUGCCUCUCCAAUCACAAAGACUUCUCCCUCAGCGAGGAUGACUCGGACGAUCAGGAAUUAGAUGGGGUUGUGUUUGGGACCACUGUAUGAGUCACAGUUGAACUGGUCCUUGUCUCAGGUUUUAGCGGCCUGUGUGUCUUGAUGGUUACAUAUAAUUAAAUGUCUGUCUGGUCAUCAUUCGGUAAUGCACUCAGUGAAUAGGAUGCUAGUUAAAUGAAAGUUUUAAGGAUGUUUGCCCUAAUCUUGUUUAUUCUGAACCUACAUGCAAAAUGAUGCAUGUUGUUUUUACAGCAUAUUUCAGAUUUGAAGCGCUCUGAAUUUAAUAUGCAGUUGUUUUUAUAUUGUUAACUUGGUUUCUCUCCCCUUUUAACUAUUUGCAAGUGCUGUAACAUUUUGUUUAUUAUUUUGCAUCUUGGUUCAUUUGGUAAUUUAUUUAUUUUAAUUAUGUCGGGAUAUUUGCAAUUUACUGUUACAGUUUGAGAAGGUACGUGAUCGAACAGCAGCUGUUUUGGCAACUGCUCCCUGUUUGAAUAUCAUCUACUGUCCAAUUUUUGUACUUUGUAGUUCUUACAACACACUUUUUUUUGACAAAGAAUAAUUUACAAAUUAUGUAUGCUGAUGUAAAGCAUUUUUACAUCAUUCAUAUUGUUAAGCUUGCAUGACGUUUUGGACAAAUUUGUAUAAAAAGUAGUUUUUCCUGUAGAUGCUUGUAUUUUAAGACCUGGGACCGAAAUUCAAAAGUAACAGGAUAAGAAUCAACCAAUGGGAGACCAAGCAUUGUUUCCUUGUGCAAAGCGCUGAACCGCAAAACUGCUGUUAAGUGACAGUAUGAUGUCGUCAUAGUACUGUACACCAAUUGAACACUGCAAUUUAUGGUGCAUUGUAUAUAAUUAAGUGAUCUAUGCAGUGAACUUGUUCUGAGAGCAUCCCAAAAUAGUGCCCCCCAGAUAAACAGCGAGCAAUUUCCAACAAAGAUAGGCUUACUGCUAACAAAAUUACAGGCCAGUGGUGUUAGAUAGUGACAAAAAGCACUUGCUUCAUGGUUCUCUUUAUAAUAGUUUUACAGUUGUAUCUUCGACCAGAAUGUUGAAUGAACCACGUUAUGUCAGCGUAUGACAACUAUCUAUAAACCUCAGUUUUGUUAUGAUAUAGAUUUUUCUCCACAUUCAUUUUGUUCGUUCUUGUAAUUUGGCCUAGCAGAAAUAAGUCUAUGCAAGUCUGUUAUAUUUUGCCAUAUUUAUAUCAAGCUAUACUGUACUUGGAUAAAACGUUUACAAAGUGCAAGUAAUGUAGUGAAUGACUUGGAUUUUACUGUGAUGGGGCAUUACUGUUUUAGUUUAUGUACAGCUUAUAUGUCCAGUUGAUCAUUUGUCCUGUUAAGAUAUAGUGGUUACGCAAUAUGUUAAUGUUGGUUUUAGGAGUUACAUGUCAUUCUGCAUUGCAGCAUGGUAACUACUCUGGCAUGUCAAAUCAGUCUUGCUGGUAAAAUGGUGCCUAAAAUACUCUUGGUUAUUUGUUCAAUGUUAUUAUUUAAUCUAAGAAAAAUAAAUUAUUUUGUCAUUCA